AUGACCAGCAAAUCCACUGUAAUUCAAAUUAAAAAUUUCAAUGCCCUCUUCGCCCUCGCUUUGUCUGCUCCCGCUGAACACCAAGCCGAAAUCGUUCAUCAAGAAUUUGAUGUUGAACCUGAAGGCUUUAGAUUCCUUACCGAAACCUCUGAUGGUACUCAUCAUGAUGCCGAAGGCAAAGUAAAGGAUGUUGGCUCAGAACACGAAGCCAUCGUUGUUCACGGUUCUUAUUCCUGGGUUGAUGAGAAGACUGGUGAAAAAUUCACCGCUAACUAUGUUGCCGAUGAAAACGGUUUCCAACCUGAAGGUGCUCAUUUGCCCAAACCCGAACAUCAUUAA